AUGUCUCACCUAUCGUCUUCCUACGCAAAACGUAUGGCUAUUCUUGCUGGGCGCAUCUUCGUCGAUGUGGGUCGCCUGGUUGACUCAAAAUCCGAGAAGGUGGUUCGUAUUAUGGGUGAAAAACCCAGACCACUUAUAUUAAAAGACUACUAUCCGCCGUUGGAGGAGUAUCGAAACAUUCUCGUCAAAUUACGCGUCCUUGGUCUGUACCGAAAUGAACACGCUGAUUUCAGAGAUGAGAUGCGCAGAUUGCGUGAACUACGUGGCAAAGGGAAACGCAAGAAGGGCGAAGGAAGGCGAGCCGAGCUUCGAUGA